AUGCCAUCAAUGGCACCUUCUCGCAAUGAGCCGUCAUACCUCCUGAAUCAGCUCAUCAUAUCUCCCUCAGACGCGGACUAUCUUGACCAAUUGAUUCCUUCCAUCAAAGAGUACAGCGUUGGCAACCGAACAUCACAACUAUCACAGACUUUGUCUAGAUUUGCUAGUGACAAGGAGACUGAGAUAGAGACCAUCUGCAAUACCAAUCACCAGGAGUUCGUAACAUCAGUGAAUCAGCUUUUGCGCAUUAGGGAAGGUACAGUCAGCCUGACUGCUGAAAUAUUGGACCUCAACCAGUCGAUACAAGCAAGCACGGAAAAGCUCGCUGAACAGAAGAGAGCUUUGGUAGAGUCACGGAGUCACCGGCAGAACAUCGAUGAGACAUACAGAGCUAUACAGGACUGUCUGGAGGUGUUGCGUCUCGCGAAUCAAGUCCACGAUUUGCUCGCCAAGAAGAAUCACUAUGCCGCACUACGCGCUCUAGAAGAAUUGCAAAAUGUCCAUCUUAAAGGGGUAACGCAAUAUAAAAUUGCGGACAUGAUCCAGCGCUCAGUCCCAACAACGCAAAAAGCAAUAGCGGAAGCUGUCAUGUCUGACCUUAACACUUGGCUAUACAGAAUCCGAGAGAUGUCGCAGUACCUUGGGGAGAUCGCUUUGUAUCAUACUGACUUGCGAAAGACCAGGCAUAAGGAGCGGACAGAAAUAUCACCCUAUCUUGGCCAGUUCAAGCUAAAUUCGGCGAUCGAGCUGGUAUCCGACGAGAGCGAAGAGUACGAUCUUUUGCAAAAUGAGGAACUUCAGGUUGAUUUUACACCAUUAUUUGAAUGUCUCCACAUUCACCGAUCAUUAGGGCAUAUGGAUAGAUUUCGAGUUGAGUACGCUAAUACUCGACGUCGGCAGAAGGAACUUUUGUUACCAGCCUCCAUAACUCUUAUUGAUGAAGAUGGCGCUAGUCUGCACAAUCUUCUCGAAGAAAUGGCAGGCUUUGCCAUUGUUGAGCGUUCCACAAUGAAGAGGGUCCCGGACCUGAGGUCUUCGGUUGAUGUCGAUGAAUUAUGGGAUUCCAUGUGCCAAACAGCUGUGAUCCUGAUAUCGGAGGCUCUCCAUGAGGUUGACAAUGCUGAGAGCCUACUGAAAAUAAAAAAUCUCAUCGCAUUGUUCAUGCAAACAAUGAAUACCUGGGACUUUCACGUCGGGGUUUUUGAUGACUUCCUUCUGAUUUUAUUCAGGAAAUAUGCCGAUCUGCUCAAGAAAAGAUUUAGUGACGAUUUCCGAGAGACAAUCGAGGAAUUUGAUAAAGUAUUGAAUGUCAGUUGGUACAGUCCUGACAAGUCAAGGGAGGAGCAAGUGUUUCCGUGUGUCUUACCCUUUUCCCAAAUGUAUCCUUUGUGCUGCAUCGACAUCCGCAACUUUUUGAACCAGUUCUAUUUUUUUGCCAAUGACGAUUUCUCUCAUCCUAGUCUCAUUGACGAGACCCUGAGAGAUGCAUUGGAUGAACUCCUAUCAGACAAAGUUUGCGACACCCUUGUCGAACGGCUUUCCUCACAAUAUCUGGGGCAGAUCGUGCAGAUUUUAAUAAACCUGGAGCAUUUUGAGCUCGCGUGUCGCGAACUCGAGCUAUUACUCGCUGCUGCUCGAUCACAGAAUGUCUCUGGUGAUGUGGUCACCUUGAACGCUACCGAGAAAUUUAGGAGCAAUAAGAAAGCAGCUGAAAAACGUAUCUUUGAGGUUGUUAAUUCCAAGAUC